GGCCGUUCUGCGCACUAACCACAAAUCAUCGACCAACUCUUCAUGCACAUGCGACACCAUUCGAUCCUGCAUCGUCUUCUCAUCAUGCUUCGUUUCUAGUUCUAAUGCUUCGUCGCGGCGUCAGCUCUGAAUUCUAGUAAUGCUUUCGCCUGGUCGGCUAGUCAUCCGCCAUACGCUUUUGAUGCAAUGCAGGUGCCAAAGACCGUAGGUUCGCACUAUGUUCGGCAUGCCAAGCAUUCUAUUGCUCUUUGGCUGGGGCGUUGAAGACCUUGAUUACUAGGCUGGAAAUGUAUGUAAAGUCACACAGAUCCUCCCCUCCCUUGAAGCUCGUCAUCGGAGACUCACUUCGUAUUGCGUUUCUGGCCGAGUUUCAAUAUUGCAUCGUAAGUAAUUCCGUCGCACCCGCAUGGCAUACUUGAAGACAGACAGCCAUCUUCCCAUACUACUUCAUUGCAGAAACACCAUGUCCAAGACUGCUAAAGGAACCGUUGUGACCUCCCUGCCAUCCCUAUUCCAAGCCAAGUUCAUUGUUGAUGGGAUUGUGCGCACUUACAUCGCCACCAUCGACCCUCCCGUUGCUUUCAAGAUCGGAAAUGCGACGCUGAGUUAUGACGACGAGGAUCAGUUAACUGCCAGGGGCAGCCACCAUGGCACCAUCGGGACUGCCAUCAACCUCUCCCUCGAUAAAGGGCCCAUCAUAACUGGGAACCUCCAACAACCUGUUGACCCCACUGACGUUACCGGUGGUGGCACCUGGCACAUGAGCUAAGAGGCGAGUCUUGAAUAUUCGUCUACUGAUUCGGUCAAUGUGCGCGGAAUACUGACGCAACCCUGUAGUCUUGCGUUGGCAGGAGGAGGAGGCGAAUCUUUAGCCGUCAUAGGAAAGGCGAGAUAGCGUAGUGUCGGCUACAUAAUGGAGCUAUUCCAGGCUCUUGCGUCUACAUUGUGCGGCCCGCGGAGAUUUAACCAUAUGAAAGUAGUGCGUGAUAUGCUAUCGGUGACCCUUUGGCCAACAGCUGCCGCGCCGCUCUAACAGACGAUAUUUACGGCCGUAGGCGAAGGUUUCAAGCUCGCUAUGAUGGUUUCAGACCUGCUGCUCCAGUUAUCUAUUAGACGUAUUUGACACUCACAAAGCGUGUGAAUACAGACGUAGCCUGAUAGCUAGCUGUACUGGAGGCUUAUGGAAAGCAGCACCCAGCGGCGCCCACCGCCUCGUGAGGCUCCUACUAAUUUUCCGACAAGCUCUGCAUGUCAUGAUGCGAUUUAUCGUGUUCGCAUACAGCUUAUCAAGCCAUACAAUACCUCAAUCUAUGGUUAUCUAGUUCUGUGCAUUGUUGAGAGUAUU